CAGCGCGAGGUUUGCUGAAGUGCGGGGACGCCGCUGGAGGAAUCGUCGGUGGACUCCGGGGUGGGCCGCGGCCGCUGCGGGUCUUUGAGAAGCCCGAGACCAGCGCGGUAUACCCUGGAGGCGGGUCGGAGGCUGGCCCGAGACUCCGCCCGCCGCUGGAGCUGGAAGGAAAGCAGGAAGAGCUGGGCUAGGUGUGCCCUUCGCUCCCUGCCUCCCCAGGCCGGCCCCAGCCAGUGGUGCUGGAAAAGGGGAGGGGUGGGGUGGGAUGGGGGUAGGUAGGGGUGGGGUCGGGGAGCAAUGGGGGGAGAUGCAGGUUAAAUGGGUUUCUCUGCAGAUUCAGUGUUGUUAAAUCCUGCGAAUUCACACUUUCUUAAAAAAAAAAAAAUGAAGAAAUUAAGGCUUAAGGAACUAGAAAGUCGCCUGCAACAAGUGGAUGGAUUCGAAAAGCCCAAGCUACUUCUAGAACAGUAUCCAACCAGGCCGCAUAUUGCAGCAUGUAUGCUCUAUACAAUCCAUAAUACAUAUGAUGACAUUGAAAAUAAAGUGGUUGCAGAUCUAGGAUGUGGUUGUGGCGUUCUUAGCAUCGGAACUGCAAUGUUAGGAGCGGGGUUGUGUGUUGGAUUUGACAUAGAUGAAGAUGCGUUGGAAAUAUUUAAUAGGAAUGUGGAGGAGUUUGAGUUAACAAAUGUUGACAUGGUUCAAUGUGAUGUGUGCUCAUUAUCUAACAGAAUGUCCAAGUCAUUUGAUACAGUAAUUAUGAAUCCUCCUUUUGGAACCAAAAAUAAUAAAGGGACAGAUAUGGCAUUUCUGAAGACUGCUUUGGAAAUGGCAAGAACAGCAGUAUACUCUUUACACAAAUCCUCCACUAGAGAUCAUAUUCAAAAGAAAGCUACAGAAUGGAAAAUCAAGAUAGAUAUUAUUGCAGAGCUGCGAUAUGACCUGCCAGCAUCAUACAAAUUUCAUAAAAAGAAAUCAGUUGAUAUUGAAGUGGAUCUAAUUCGGUUUUCUUUUUAAAAGCCUCUAAAGACAAAAGCAGCUUAAAACCUAAUUAAGAUGAAUAAAAAAAUGUUUUACUAA